UACUUUAGCCCAGAAAGAAGACGAGGAUGAAGCCCAAGCCCAGAAACAUCCCAAAAUGUUUGGCCCUAAACAUAUACCCACUUAUGAUCAGUUCUGCCAAUAUAAGCCGGCUACUCCUGGGUAUUCUAUCCUCUACGCUAUCUUGAUGUUUCGCUAAAUUGCAAUGUCUCGAGGAACAGAACGGCUAGUCAAGAGCUUGAAGAAGUUCGCUGAUAUUCAGUACAAGCUCUUCACAACUCGCUAUGGCCAACAACUCAUUGACAUUUUCGACUUCCCCAUUAAGCUUGUUCUAUCUCCUUUUACAGUCGCUAUCGACAUUGCCGGCUCUGCUCCUCGCGGCUUUGGCGUCCCCGAGUUACUCUCUAAGCUCUCUUACGCUUCAAUUUUUGCUGUAGCUACUCUAGGGACUUAUGACAUAGCGUGGGAUCUGGGAAAAAAGGUGAUUUGUCAGAGGAACUGUGAAACCUGCAACGGAUGGCAGGCAUUGCGCUGCACUAUGUGCAGAGGAUCAGGAAGGGUGCAAUAUCAAGUAAAAAAUUACCAAUUGAAAAGUGGUGAGAAGGCGACGGCUGAAUGCAUUGCAGAUGCCAUUGCUGGUAAUCGGGCUGAGUUGAUUCACCUUCCAUCUACCGUCGAUCUCCAUGCACCAUUACCAUCUAAAGAUUGCCCAACCUGUGAUGGAACGGGUGUAAUGUGUUGUCCAGAAUGCAAACACAAAUUACAAGUCAGGAUUUCUGCAGAUGAUAUUAUGGAACCUCCUUGGAAAGCCUACAAUGUUAUGAAAAAGAUGGAUUAUCCCUUUGAGCAUAUAGUUCAUAGCAUGAAGGAUCCCAGUAUUGCUGCAUUUUGGUUGUUUACCUUGCCUGAGGUCGUGGGUGGUUUUGAAUAUGAUGAGAGUAUCAAGAAGAAAAUUUGGUGGCAAUACAAGGAAUCCAUGCGAUAUGAUCAACUCCGCGAUGUUGUGGCUAAGAGAAAACCUGGAUGGGAGUACUUGCAGGAAGCCUUAAUCUCCAUAGAUCCCGCUCGUGCCAGGGAGGAUCCUGUUAUAGUGAAAAAUGUCCCAUACUACAAAGCCAAGAAGGCGCUAGAAGCAGAAGUAAUGAAUUUCAUGCCUCCUCAAAGGCCAAAGAAUUGGGGUUCGCAGGAGUUGGACCUUCCUUUGAAUGCCUCUUCAUGGAGCAAGGAGGACCUAAAAGAUCCUGAAAAGUUGUAUGAGAUGACCAUCCUUCUUAAUGCCCAAAGAGAACUUGCUGAUAAGAUUUUGGAUGCUCAGUGGGAAAACAAAUGGCGCCAAGAAAAGUUGAAUGAGUUGUUGGAGGAGAAGGUACGACCCUAUGUACGAAACAUUGAUAAUGCUGUCCUCUCUCAACCUGUUAUACUGAAGUCUCAAGAUCAGAAUCAGAAGAGUACACGGCGGCAGCGUAGAUGGUGGUUCUUUUGAAGGUGAAUGUUUCUGUAAGUUUUGUUUCAACAAGGCCAUGAAAAAUGGUCGCGGUAAUUCUUUUUGGGGGAUUGUAUCAAAGUUUAUACAUACUUAUAUCAACUUGGGGCUUUAUGUCUAGCACUAGUUUAUUGCUGCCAACUAGUUUUGUGA